AUGAGCCAAGCAACACUCCGCACUGAGCGUCUCGAGCUCCGGCCUCUCGGGUCCGAACACGGAGACUACAUCUACCAACUGGACUCAGACCCCGAAGUGAUGAAGUACAUUGGCUACGGAAAGCCACUUACCGCGGACGAUUCGACUAUCGUACACAAACUACUACUCGAGACAGCCUCAUUCGGAUCUGGCCUUGGAUGCUGGGCCGGCUUCGCGGGCGAUGAAUUUGUGGGCUGGUGGGUGCUGGCACCCAGCCAGAGCAACGAUACUCCUCCCCAAGUCAACAAGAAGCGAGUCGAGUUCGGUCUAAGAAUCCUUCCCAAGUUUUGGGGCCAGGGUUACGCCAAGGAGGGUUCUCGAGCACUGGUGAAGCACGGUCUGGAGGACCUCAAAGUGGAGGAGGUAUACGGCGAGACCAUGGCUGUGAACCAGGGAUCAAGGGCCGUCAUGGCCAAGAUUGGCCUCAAGCAUGUCCGAACAUUUCACAACAAGUACGACAACCCUCCUCCCGGAAUUGAGGAGGGUGAAGUGGAAUACAAGGUUACGAGGGAUGAGUGGGCAUUGCAACAGGCAUGCGCGGCAUAG